GAAGAGGUCGAGUUGGCACUGAAAUGGCCCUUGGUUGGCUUGUGUUUCUUCUGUUAGUGAGCAACAGUGUUGCACUUGGAAACUCACUCAACUACAGUAUAUUGCAAAGAUGUAUGAAGGAUAUCGACACGUUCCUUUGGGAAUUAAACCAGGACAAGCCAAAGGAAUAUGCUGCUCUCAUGUAUGACUCCUUUGGAAAGAUGGGCAGCAGUGUUAAAGACGGUAACGUGAACCAGCCUGGUUCGCCGCAGCAGUGUCGCUCUGCCAUUGGCCCCAGCUUCUCUACACAGUACUGCCAGGUGUUCCUGAAGCAGGGAGCAAUGCAGUAUUUUGUGGGUAUUUGUGUUCCUGACUCAUGUGGGGUAGACGAUGUGAAGCAGCUGGUGCAGUGUGACAGACUUCAGCUUAACCAGAAGUCCCUCCUUAGUCCAUUACCUCCAAUCCUGACCAAUCAGUCUUCUCGGGAGCUAAUCAUGACUCACUGUAUGGCUGACUCAGUUGCUCUUGAUGCAUCAGACAUCGCCUGCAUGUGUGUGUGUUGUGUAAUGUUAGCCAUUCCUCUGGUGGCCACUCUGUUCACAGCCUUAAGAAGAUCAGAGCUGAGCAGCAAGGUCAAUCCCACAAUAGAGUUGUCCCAUUCAAACUUUUAUGGCACCCUGAAAACCAAUGGCUUGUCCAGCAAAGAAAUGAAUGGGGGCACAUUAGAGGAAAAUGGCAGAAUCGGCCCUGCUGGACAGUGUCUUUCUCGAAGCUGUGUUUCCAGCUGCUUUCAAGCACUCUCCUUGCAGACAACAAGCAUGGGAGUCCUCAGCACCGCCUCCCCUUCCCGAUGUGAAAACUAUACCUCUCUGAACGGCAUUCGUGUCCUCAGUUUGCUAUGGAUUAUAUGUGGCCACUCUGCACAGUUCCCAGUUAUUAACAACCUAGAUAACUACAAAACAUGGAGGAAAGCAGUUGAAAGCAGCCCGGUAUAUGUGUUCACCAUCAGCGGGCCUAUUUUUCUCGCUGUUGAUACCUUCUUAUUGCUGGGGGGUUUACUCAGUGCCAGGUCUUUGCUGAGCUCAAUCGACAAGGCAGAAGACAAUUUAAGUCUCGGUCUGGUUGCAAACUAUCUCUUCAAGAGGAUCAAAAGGAUUCAGCCUUUGCAUCUGUUUACAGUGUGUCUCACCAUCAGCAUCAUCUCUUUGGUGCGGUGGGGACCCUACUGGUUCCCAUUUGUUGAAAUGUUGAUGGACUGCAAGGCAUACUGGUGGGCUAAUUUACUGCUGGUUAGCAAUCUCCUACCAGUCCAUGAGAUUUGUAUUCCCUGGACAUGGUACUUGUCUCUGGACUUCCAGUGUUACGCCACAACCCCCCUGCUGGUCUAUAUUUAUAGACUUAAAAGGAGUGUGUUUGCUGUUGUGGUAGGAGGCCUUUUGGUGAGCACUACUGUGGCCAGUGCGGCUAUAACUGCACGCCUGCACCUUCCAGUCUUUCAACCAUCCACAAUAACAUCAGAAAACUAUGUUUUGCAUUACUAUGUGAAACCCUACACAAGAUAUGGACCGUUUCUAAUAGGGAUCCUAACAGGAAUAUACCUGACAAGAAAGAAAGAUCAACUAUUAAAGGAAAGGUGGCAAGCAGCGCUUGGCUGGUUCUGCUGUUUUUCUCUGAUGGUUUUGCUGAUCGGACUGGCCUACUUCCUGAAAGAAACCCCACCUUAUCCGUCUGUGGCUCAUGCUCUAUAUCAGGGGUUGCACAGACCAGUCUGGGCACUGACUGUGAGUUGGAUCAUACUGGCCUGUGAGGAGGGCUGUGGAGGUUUUAUCAAGACAUUCCUGUCCUUUGGUUUCUGGGUUCCACUUUCCAACAUUAGCUUUGCCUGCUAUCUGAUACAUCCCAUCUUCAUCAUCCUCUACAAUGGCAUGCAAGAGACGCCGAUCCACUACACAGACAUCAACUUUGUGAGAAUUUCAUCUUCAUCAUUUUUUUUAACAAAUCAACAUUCUUGUCUUCCUAUUCUCUUCAUAUUUUCACUCCAAUGGGUGUCUGUCCUCUACAGAUGUACCUGUUCCUCGGCCAUCUGGUGCUAACUCUGGCAGUCGGUUGUAUUCUCACUAUGUUGGUUGAGAAACCCUACCUCUUCCUGAAACCCAAAUGCAUCUAGAGAAUCUGCCUCGUUUAAUACAACACCAUUCACAUAUAUAUAUUGGUAUCCCUCGUAAAGAGUUGGCAAAAUGCUGCCAUAGAAAAAUCAUUACAGGCAAGUUGAGAUUAGUAGAUGUUUUCUUAUUGUUACUUAAUUUCUUAUGGAGAUCAAAACAUGUCUGCCUUUUUUCUUUGGUUUUUGCAUUUUCUUGUUUUUCACAUUUUGAAGAGUGUCUAAGAGAAGUGGUCAUCUUUAUAUUUACACAACAGCUAAACAAAAAUUCACUCACUAAAUGUUCCUCAACAUUCAAUGUAGGUUAUACAUUGCAAAUCCUUCAGUUGCAUUUAUGUUAUAGGUAUUGUUAGAUGUGCUGGUUGUCAUGGUACAGACUCUUUUAGAAAAAGAAAGCAAUUAAAGCUGUAGAGAAAAAAUAGGAAUGGGUAUGGAGAUAUGGGUAAUUAAUAUAAUUUGCACAAUACUGAGUAAUUCAAAUAAAAAACUAAUGUAACCUUUUAAGAUUUUUAGCAAUGUAAAAUAAAUAAAUAUACUGCAUCAAA